AUGCGUGUAAGGUUCGAAUAUUUUGUUCGUUUCUUUGGCUUUUUGUCGGUGAUAACGGCUUUUACCAUGCUAUGGAAACUGAAGGAUGUCUCAUAUUUUUCGGAAUCUAACAAGAGUUUUGACCACAGCCAUGGUUCCGAUUUCAACGAAAAGCGCUUCAAAAAUACAAAUAACAGUCAUGAUUUUGACCUUUUCGGUUCAAAGUCUCUUCAUUCUAUUCAAUGUAUCGUAAAUGGAAGAUUAACACAUGGAUGCUAUUUGCUGAAACCGCAAGAAAUACUCAUCCCAUUUGAAUUGGUUCGUACUUAUUUUAAGGUUUAUGGUACCCUUGAUUUGUCGUCUAGCACAUUUUAUUUGGAUCAUGCCAAUGUUGACGUCCCGAAACCAUAUUUGCAUAGACAUAAUCCUGUUGGUGUAUAUAUGCAGUUUCAUAAAUCCAAUGUAGAAAAAAGAGAUAAUGUGAAACUAAUCGUUGCAGAUGAAGGAGUUCCUAUAAGCCAACAAUGGGAUCCUCGCGGUUAUCCGUAUCCAAUUCAAAUAGCACAGUUUGGCCUAAGUCAUUUCAGUCAAUUAGUGCUAUUAGCUGAUCAAGCUAAAUUUGAAAAUGUACAAAAUGUUUUAUCGUUGGACGAUACAACUAUGGAGUUAGAUCUUAUUGUUCCCAGUAAUAAUGUUAUUCAUAAUUGGACUGAUAGCAAGCAUAUAUAUGAAUGGAAUAAUAAACUUACAUUAUCAGCUAAUAAACUAAACUCCAAUGGUCAAGCAUUGUCAAUAACACCAAAACUUCAGCAGUGGGAUUAUCUCAUCAUGAUUGGUCGUCAAUGGACAUAUGGAAGCUCUGUUGAAUUAUCAGUUUUAUGGUAUCCUCCAGUAACAGUUGGAAGUUAUAACAAUUAUCCUGCAAAAAGUCUAAUUGUAUACAAUUGUUCAAAGUCUCCCAGUGCAUAUCAAACCUAUUCUACUAUUCAUAAAAACAGAGUCACAUAUUGGAUGCCCAAAUGUGAAAAACAAGCCAAGACAUAUGGUUUUGCUGAUAGUAUUAUGUUAGCACGUGAUAUUCACAGUGAUUUAGUGAAAGCAUUCCAUCCACAUCGAAGGUUAUCGGAAUAUGCUGGUUGGACUGGUAUGAAACUAAUGAAUACUGUCAAUGAUACUCAAAAUUCGUCUAUCAAGCAUCAGUCAGAUAGGCAUUCCUCAGUCAUGACAGCUCAAACAGAACAAUCCGAAUUCGAUUUCCAAUCUUCGGAACACAAGUCUCAAUCGUAUCCCAUCGACAACGGUGUAAGCAGUCGAGUAUUAUCAUUGGUUCCUACAUAG